AUGACGGAAGUAUCUCCAUCUUCGAAGAAAGUGGAUGAUUUCUUAUCUAGUAUAUCCGAAUUGUCUCAAGAAAGAUUGAGGGAGGACCAGAAAAGACAGAGAGAAUUACAAAGGAACGUUGAUGCUAUGAGACUGAGGCUGAACAGUUCGUCUCCUGUUAAAGGUUGGUCAUACCAGCCGAUGCCGUAUAAUUCAAGCAGAGGCCAUGAUGAUAUUCCUCUGUUGAAGUUCAACAGGAGUCUUAGACUGAAUAAUGAGAAGUUUUCAGCGAACAUGAAGGAUCUUGACGAAGAUAAACCACCUGAAAUGCCUCAGAGACCAGAUAGUGGUGGAAGACAAUACAGGAGCUCGAGAGUAGAUGCAUUCAACGAGACACCACCUCCAAUGCCUCAGAGACCAGUUGCUGAAAGCGAAGAAUCACCUCCUCCUAUGCCUCCUCGUAGGGACAUAAAGAAAUCAGGACCACCAAAACCUUCGAAACCUUCUGGAAUGUCAUCCAAGUUUGAUAUUGAAUUAAUAAAUCCCGUUCCAAUGAAAACAAAACCAGAGCUACUUUCCAAAAGGGAUGAUAUUGAAGUGCAACCUAUUAAGCCUAAAUCUCCCCUGACCGAGGGACAAAAAUAUAGAUCGUUUACUGAAUUAGAAAAUGGCAUUAGACAAGGUUCCGAUGUAGGGGAAAAAACAAAGGAUAUGGUGGAUGAUUUAUUUGCCGUGAAUUCGAUAACUAAUUCGAAGCCGCUUAAACCUAUAAAAUCUGACAAGCUUUCUACGAAACCAAAUUCUCAAGGCAAGGUCGAAGAAACUCCCAACGUAGUACCAAAACCAACAUAUCUUAGUGCCUUAUCAGCCACGAAAAAGCAAACAGAAUCAUCUCUGAUUCAAUCAUCUAUAUCCGGUACAAAACAGAGGUAUAUUCCAGAACAUAAUAAUCCGAGCGAUGUGUCUAUAAUCAAAUCGUCAUCUCCACAACGGGAAAAGAAGCAGAACUCGUGGCUUGACAGUGCCAUCAAAAAGAAUGAUACACCUGAAUCGGUGCAUAAAGAAACGGACUUGCCCACUAAACAUGUCAAAUCACCGGAAUAUUUAUCGCUGCUAGCGAAGAAAAAGUCGCCAGAUACUCACAACCCAGACUUUAGAACACCCCCAAAGCCUCCUAAACCAUCAAUUGAAACGUAUACCAAAGAAGAAAAUGAAUUAUUGAAAUCACAAAUGCAAAAGUUAUCCUCAUCCAAGAAUAAGUCUGCACCCCCCAAGCCUGCCAAACCAUCUAUUUCGAAAUACGAGGAACAGGAUACGGAAGUCUUGAAGUUGCAAAUGCAGAAGCUUUCUCACGGUAAAAAUGCCCCUCCAAAACCAUCGAAGCCCUCACCUAAAAAGUACCAGGAUGAGGACAAUGCAAUUCUUCUCUCGCAAAUGAAGAAAUUGGGCAGAAACUCCAACUCAUCCACUGCCCGUGGUUCUACGCAGCAGACAAACCCAGAGGGGUUGGCCGCAUUGGCUAAAUUGAAGCCCGUAAAAGUGGCUCCUCUGUCAAAAUCCGCCUCAUCCAACUCCAUACCCGAGCCGAUAAAGAAGUUAGAACAUAUGAAAACUUCUGACAGAACCCUCAAAAAAUCGCCUCCUCCCGAAAGACCUGCUGCUACAAGAACGCCUUCAUCCUCUGACUUGAGCGAUAACAAAUCUUCCUCUAAGGGCCCCGCUUCUUUCCAAGAUCAACUAUCAUCAAUUAUGCGAGCCAGCACUGUACCGAAUGUUCGUGCAUCGAAGCCCGCAGCCAACAUUCCUCGAGCCAGUACGCUACCCCUACAUGAAGACACAGCUAGUGCUACGCAAUCCAAGCUUACGCACCCUAACAAGGGUCGUUCCAAAGGUCCAAAGAGAAGACUACCUAAGAAAAUUGCAAACAGCCCUUCUACGGCUGAUAAGGCUUGCAGUGCAAGUGCACAUGCAAAUGCAAAUGCAAAAGAUAGUACCACCCAAAUAAUCGACUUUAAACAUAAAAAAGUUCCACCUCCAGUCAAUAAAGCUUCAAAGCAGAAGGCAUUGGACAAUUUAAAACCAAGCCGGAACUUUAGUGGAGAGUUAUUCAUUUAA